AUGGAUCCUGGCCAGGAGAAGGACCCGCAGGGUGAUCAGCUGGAAGCUCAUAGUGUAGCGCUUCCAGCAGAUGGAUCCCCAACGUUGGAGGAACAUCCAGACGACGGUAAAGAUCUUGGUAAGGUGUGGUCAGAUGUUUUCCCUCAGAUGUCUGACACCAUGGUUUCUGGAGGUCAUGGAGAGGAGUCUAGGUGUAGUUCCAGCUCCAGUGGUAGCUCCAGUCAAGAUGAGGUUGGUAACGACUGUGCUAGCAGUUCUAGUGGUAGCAGUACUAGCAGCUCCAGUGGUAGCAGUACUAGCAGCUCCAGUGGUAGCAGUACUAGCAGCUCCAGUGAGGACGAGGUAGGUUUGGUAGGGGAUGUGGCUCGCGUGACAUCUGCGACCGGCUUAAACAGAAAGAGGUCAAAGGACAGCGACUCUGAGGAGGAGCCCCCAGCCAAGAAGACUAGGGACACCGUUGCUGAAGAGGAGCUCUCCUCCAAGAGGACCAGGGAGAGUGAUGAUGCCCCAGCCAAGAGGACCAGGGAGAGUGGUGAAGCUGAAGAGGAGCCCCCAGCCAACAGGACCAGGGAGAGUGACGAUGCUGAAGAGGAGCCCCCAGCCAAGAGGACCAGGGAGAGUGACGAUGCUGAAGAGGAGCCCCCAGCCAAGAGGACCAGGGAGAGUGAUGAAGCUGAAGAGGAGCCCCCAGCCAAGAGGACCAGGGAGAGUGAUGAUGCUGAAGAGGAGAUCCCUGCCAAGAGGACCAGGGAGAGUGAUGAAACUGAAGAGGAGCCCCCAGCCAAGAGGACCAGGGAGAGUGAUGAUGCUGAAGAGGAGAUCCCUGCCAAGAGGCCCAGAACCAGCGAUCAUGAAGAGGAUCAUGUUCUGAGUCCCUCCACAACUACGUUGUGUCAGUGUCCCGUUCUGUCAUCCCCUGUCCUCAGUCCCUCACAAGGGACGGUGCAUGAGGAUUCUUUCCAGUCAUCCCCUGUCUCCAAUCCCUCGCCCAUGACAUUCUGGCUGGAUCACUUUCAUUCACCCUUCAGUAUUUCACCCUCCAGUGUUUCACCUCAGAGUACAUGUGAUGAUCCCAUUCUGUCCUCCCCUGUCUUCAGUCCCUUACCAAGAUUGCCCAUUGUGUCAGUUCAUGCCAUCAGUCCAUCCUUCACCAUCAACAUACUGCAAAAUUCCAAGUUUGUCAUUCCCUUGCAUAUGUGUCUGGAUGAAGUCUGA